UGGCUGCGGCCAGUGUCAUGGCAUCCCGAGUGUGUGAAACUCCAGCUUGUAAUAGCGAAGCUAAGCUUCAGUGUCCAACGUGUAUAAAACUUGGUAUAGCAGGUUCUUUUUUCUGUUCACAGGACUGCUUCAAGGGCUCAUGGAGUGAACACAAGAAGGUGCACAAGAAAGCCAAAGAAGCAGAGAAUGAAAAGUCUGGACUAUUCAACCCAUGGCCUGGAUUUCACUUCACUGGAAAAUUGAGACCAUAUCAUGUGACGACAAAACGAACAGUACCAGACAUGAUACAAAGACCAGAUUAUGCCGAACACCCUGAAGGUACUCCUGUAUCAGAGAGGCAGCUCAAAGGUUCAACUAAUAUUAAAAUAAUGAACGAUGAAGAGAUCGACGGCAUGCGACUGGCUGGCCGGCUUGGUAGGGAAGUAUUAGAUGAAGCAGUCAAAGCUAUUGACAUUGGUGUGACAACUGACGAAAUAGACAGAAUCAUCCAUGAGGCUUGCAUUGACCGAGAGUGUUAUCCUUCUCCACUGAAUUAUUAUGGAUUCCCGAAGUCUUGCUGCACCUCUAUUAAUGAGGUUAUCUGCCAUGGGAUUCCGGAUCUGAGGCCACUAGAAGAUGGUGAUAUAAUGAACAUCGAUGUAACUGUGUACCACCGAAAUUUCCAUGGAGAUCUUAACGAAACUUUCUUUGUGGGCAACGUGGGUGAAAAAGCCAAACACUUGGUGAAGACAACACAUGAAUGUCUUCAGAUGGCAAUAAAUGAAGUGCGACCUGGAGUGCGCUAUCGUGAGAUUGGGAACGUCAUUCAGAAACAUGCUCAGGCCAACGGAUUUUCUGUCGUACGCAGUUACUGUGGACAUGGCAUUCAUCAAUUAUUUCAUACUGCGCCUAGUGUUCCACACUAUUCCAAAAACAAAGCUGUCGGUGUGAUGAAGCCAGGACAGUGUUUCACCAUCGAACCUAUGAUAUCUGAAGGAACCUGGCGAGAUGAGAUGUGGCCUGAUAACUGGACCGCCGUCACGUUUGACGGGAAGCUGUCCGCCCAGUUUGAGCACACCUUGCUUGUCACGGACAUCGGGUGUGACGUACUCACAAAGAGGCUAGAAAACAAUGGACAGCCACAUUUUAUGGACAAAAUGUAAUGAAAACAACAGUUUAAAAGAGAAAAUGUUAAAAUUGCUGCAUUCGCUUUAUUUUUGAAAGUGGAUCAUUGUUAGUGUACAGAAAACAUUCAAAAUGUUUGUUUUGUUAGAAAUACAGAUUUGUAUUCAUGUG